UCAUUCCAGGAGACAGGGACUGUAUUAUAGUUUGAUGCUAUCAAUGGUAUGGCUUUGCGUUUGAGGAUGGACCGGAAGUUAGCGCACCGUCGUAGCCCAAAUGUGGAAAUGGUUCGUGCAUAGAAACCAUUCUGCUACAUAACCAAGCAAAUAUUAGUAAGUGGUGAAAAAUACAAAUACUUUAUUACUGUAUUUAAGUUGAUUUCCAAGGUAUCUAAACAUUACUUUUCUGACAACUUUUUAACUUUUACCCCCAUAAAUUUGAAAACAGACAUCAGUACCUUCUACUCCUUACUUCGUCAAAAUAGGCUUGUUACGUUUUUCAACCAGAUACCUCCUUAUACCACUAUUCCUCAUUAUUAUAGUGCAAAUCCCUCAGACAACCUUUCAAGGUUGUGCUCGGUCAGAAGCGCCAUAUGGGGGAAUAAAGCUUUUGCUUGGGAAUUCUGUCAUCUGUUGGACACACCCAACCAUUGGCAGGGCUCGUUUGAAUUCUGGUGCCUGUGGGUAAUUUCAAACUAAUGCCCUAAUAUUUAGACAGUUCCUGUUUACUGAAGAUAACAUUGUUUCAUUUUGACCAGUAUCCGAGCAAACAAUGCUGUGAAACUGGACAGGUGAAACAUCAUGUAAGACGUUUAAAUGGGCUAUAUAAUCAUAGAAGCCUUGGGCCACAGUAUCAUUCCUGAUUUGGCUGUUGCAGAAUGAUUGUCCCUCUGUAUGUCUUUGCUCUACUGGGCUCCACUCUGGCCUGGGGGGGUUUGAACCAGUGGCAUGAACUGAGUGCGAAUGCUGAGGCUGGAAGCGGGGGUGCCGACUCUUGCACUUGUGAUGCCUUCUUGCCAAGUUCUACAUUUCCCGUGAAAGAUCUAGCGGUGGUGGAGCAGGCAGCUGAGCAGAUCUCCCACAAGCUGGAGAUGGAGAUGGGCAAGAUUGAGGACUAUGAGAUGAAGAUGACACAAUAUGCGGAAAAGAUCAUCGAGCUGACAAGGGAAAUUGAGCUACUGGAAAAGAAACCUGAUGCCAAUAGUGACGCCACUUUGGAAAACAUGGAGCUGAAGAUUAAGCAAGUCGAGGCUCUGGUUGAGGAUCUGAAGAUUUCAUUCAAAACCUCUGGCACCGUCUUCCAGUCUCUUCACCAAGAGAUCACAGUCAUGGUGAAGAGCCUCGAUCAGCUGGAGAAGACCCACGACAAGAAUUUGGUUCUACAGACACGCCGAGAGUACAUUAAGAUCCAAAUGGAGCUAGAAGAGUGCGAGAGACGCCACCAAGAGAUCUUCAACCCCAACAUCGGUUCCUGCGAUCAUACGGGUAUCAUCAAGGUCAGCAAGCCUCUUGUGAGUCAACUUAAUGCUCAACUCGGCACCUCCUACAUAUACGGAGGAUGGGGCAAAGAUUCAAAGCCUAUUCCUGACAGGGAGUCUAUGUACUGGUUCUCUGGAGACUCUUCUAUUUACAUCGAUGACAUUAGGUUCUACAGUAAUUACAAAAAUCUGGUAUUGAGAAACCCUUUCCUGCAUCACACCAUAUUAAAUGGGUGGAAUGGUCUUGGCAGCAAUUAUAUAGUUCGUGGCAACACACUAUAUUAUCAGAAGUACAGUCCGUUUGGGUUGGCUAAAUAUAAUUUUACCAGCAUGACAUAUGAUUCCAGGGUGAUUCCGGGGGCAAGCUCAACCUUUUCCUAUGCCAACUAUGAGAAUCAGAUCUUUGAUUUUGCUGCAGAUGAGAAUGGUCUUUGGGUGACGUAUGCCACAGAUCAGUCAAACGGCAAGAUGGUCAUUGCUAAAAUAAACGAAGAAUCUUUUGGGAUUGAGGAAGUAUGGGAGACCAGUGUCUAUAAACCAGCCAUUAACAACAUUUUUAUGGUGUGUGGUGUUCUUUAUGGUGUCAGGACGGUUGACAUCCAGAAUGAGGAGAUAUUUUUUAUGUUUGACACUAAAACCAAAGAAGAGAAGCACAUAAGUAUAAUUUUUGAGCGCUUCCAGGAUAAGUAUUCCAACCUGGACUACAAUCCAACUGAUCAGAAGCUAUACAUGUACACUAAUGGCUACUAUGUCAACUACCACCUUUGGUUUAACCACACAGCUACGGCCACAGUCCAACCCCCUUUUGCUCCAACCCAAAUCUAACAUGUGACCUAUUGGAAGAGUCACUGUUUUUUUCCCCCUCACUUCAGCGCUCAUAAAAUCAAGUAUCUCUUUUAUGAUUAAAUGCAAAUAAAUCAUCAUAUGCAUCAUC